UAUUUUAUCUGUUUUUUAAAGUCGAAAGUCGAUCUGACGAAAUCAAUUUGUUUACAAGUACAUUGUGAUUUUGGGGGAUAUUUAUUGGCCUAGGUUUAACUUGAGGAAUCGAGUGACAAAAGCCUACUGAAUGAUGGGCGUUUGUCCUAUAUGUUUUGAUGGACUAAAAUCCCCAUCUUGCUGUGUGCCUUGUGGACAUGUGUUUUGUAAUGUGUGUAUUCAUCGAUGGCGGACCACAACCCCCCGUCCUCUGGGAGAUCUUUUCUUGAAUUAUCGUUAUCAGGAAAGCAGGAGCUGUCCACAGUGUAGAUCGGAUAUCCAAGCUAUACAGAGAAUUAGAUUUGAUGAUGAUGAUGGUGUCCAAGAUUUCGAGGAAACAGAGGCAGAUCCCUGGGAAGCCACUGAUGAUUACACCACAAUUCUGAAAUCUGCUCACAAUAUCUGGUCAAGAAGUGAACUACGCAAAGCUUGUGUUUCUGCACAGAGUAGAAUCUUUUCAGUUUCAUGGAUCCAGAAAAUUUGGGAUGUUGGGAAAACAUGCGUUAGCAAAACAGGAACAUUUGUAUCAGAAUUUAGGCAUAUUGAAGGUGGACCAGAAGUGCAGAUGGAAUGGAUAAAGAUUCAAGCAGAACAAGCCUGUGUUACAAUUCAAAAUAAAAUACUUGGUCAUCCUAAAGUUGAGAGUUUAAAAACACAAUGGAGUAAUUUCAGUGAAGAUAAGAAGAGAGCGAUAAUGUUUCUGAUGGCCGUUUUGUGUGUGCUGACCCUGGCUGAUGUCCAGAACUCUAAAGGCUUCAUACAAUCCGUUGUGCUCCCCAUCUUUGAGUCUGCUUUGGCUAUUGUGUUUGAGAUGAUAUCCGUGCUGUGGUAUUGCCUGACGAGACCGUUGUUGUGCUUAUUCCACUGUGUGCUGGCAAUGAUUAUCAUGGUUCUCGACAUCAUGGCUGCUACCUUGCGAACCCCAAUUGUUAUCUUGGAAAUCUUGUUAUGGCUGCCAUACACCAUAAUUUUGGGACUGACUAUGUUUUUGUCCAAUGCUAUUGGUACUAUUAUCCGAACAUUUUUCCCUAUUGCACUUGUGCUCUAUGCAUUUUUUCCAGGGGUACAACAGAAGGUUAGAGAAAUAUUUGCUAGUUUACAGCAAAAUUAAGGAGUAUUAUGAUAUCUUUUGCCGUGCCAAAUGAUUGUUUUGAAUUCAUUCUUCAUUUCUUAGAGGUUUGAUAGUUAAGUUCUGUUAAGGUUAGGAGUGGGGUUAUUUGCUGCACCCCCAAUAUUUUUUGAAAUGUGCGAUUUGUUGAAAAUUAAAAACUUAUAUUCUCUAAAGAAUGUACAUGUAUUGAAGGGUUGCACAUUCAGUAAUCAUUUUAAAACAUGUUACAAAAGAUUCCAUGAUGUUUUAUUUUUUGGCGUGUGUGAGAUGAGGGGGAGAUGUUGUCAACAUAUUUUAGUUGUGUCCCCUCUAUCUCUAAGUGGGCCUGUAGUGCUCACAAUUAGUACCAUGUUAAAUAUAUUGUUCCCAUACAACGGAGUUGGCGGGAAUAAAGUAACAGACAUAGGUGGGUGAGGGAGUGUGUGCGUAACACCGAUUUUAAAAUGCAUCGGGUUGGGGAGGGGGUAACAUAUUUUUAGCUGUGCUCAUUCAAUUUCAAAAUAAGUCUGUAGUGCUUAUAAGUUGCAUGUUUUUUGUUUGUUGUUUUUUUUUGCAUUAAUUUUGUUACUGGUAUGUUAUAAUUUAUUUCACAUAUUUGCACUAAUCCAGCAGAUUAUUUUCCACUUAAUAGAGGUAGAAGAUAAGAAAUGUGUAAUAUGAAAAUUAAAAAAGAUUUCGUAUGUAGAGACAUAAUGAUAAUGAUACACUGUGGGAUGAAAGGCACACAUGCAUAGGUAUUAUUCUCAUGAGAAAAACGGGAAACAUUUAUACAUUGUUACAAUGUCUUUUUAGUCCCCUACCGACGAAGUCGAUGGGACUUUAGGUUUGCUCUCCAUCCGUCUGUCAGUCCAGUUUUCCGCACUUUUUUUCUCUGUUCUUGCAGAUAUUUAUUUUAUAUUUGGUAUGUGGCUUUGCCAUAACAAGUUACAGAUCAAGUUCAAACUUCGUCUCGGUCCGUUGAUUUUUCACUUAGUUAUGGCCCUUGGACUUAGAAAAAAUAGCAUGAAUUAUCAGUGUUCCAGACUUUUUUUGGCUGUGCUUGCAGAUAUUCAUUUGAUAUUAGGUACAUUGCUUUGUCAUAACAAGUUACAGAUCAAGUUUGAAUUUCAUCUUGGUCCAUUGAUUUUCCAUUAAGUUAUGGCCCUUGGACGUAGAAAAAUAGCAUGAAUUGUUAGUUUACAUCCAAGUUUCUUAUCUCUGUAGAUAAGAAUUAAGAAUACUACACUCAUUAAAACUUCUAGCAUAGUAAUACUACAAUAUAGCUAAAUUAUUCAUGAUCAUCUACCUGUCACAGUUUAUUGACUUGGUGAAAGACCUAAACCUUAUUAUAAAUUUGUCUUUUUUCUUGGUCUAGUCUCUACUCGAAUAGCAGUUGAUUUCCAACCAUUCCUAUCCUGGUUCCCCAAUUUUCCCUUUUACCAUAACCUACAUAAUGAACUUUGAAUAUUGUUGUGGUACAGUGAUUUUUGCAACCAGUAGGGGACUAUGUAUUGCCAUGCAAUACUCUCAGAAUGCUUGUUUAAAAUGUUGUUUUUAGGUUGGAGUGUUAGCUUUACUUGAUUUUAAAUUGUCUAUCAUAAUUGUGUAACAAAUGAAGGCAAUAUGGUUAAACCUCCUUAUCUCAAACUUGAUGGUGCCAAGAAAAAACUUCGAGAUAUCCAAGUGCUCAAGAUAUUGAGGUUAAAAUCCAUGGAGAAAAUGUAGUUGGGACUUCAAAUUCACUUCGACAUAUCCAUGGUAUUUGAGAUACCAAACUUCAACUGUAUUUGAUAUUUGCAAAACACUGUCAUUUUGUGAAACUGGGUAUAUAUUUAGUUUGAAAGUCUUUGAAAAGUAUUAACUCAGAUUACCAUUCCAACAAGUGUAUUCCAUUGUUCAAUAUGGAGAUAUUGGUAAUAGUUAUGAUAUGGUACAGUAAAGCAUGAUUAUAACGAACCUCCAGGGUUAGCGAAAAACAUUUCAUUAUAAUCCAACUUUGUUUUUAUCCAAUAACAUUUUUGUUAUUUUGCUUUCAUGGUGUAUAUUACUUCGCAAUAAGUAUGAAUUUGUUAUAAGCAUGUUUUACUGUAUUUGAAAUGUAUCUUGUUGCUGACUUUUAUAAUAUGCAAAUCCAUGAACAAGUAUUACUGAAUAUUUUAACUUAAUAGGGUAGAAACUGCUUCUGAACAGUAGAAUUCAGUAUUGUACACAUUUUGUAAUAUUCCAUGUUUAGUAAAAUCUUGCAAAAUCACA